UAAUUUCUUCCUCCUUGUACCGAAGAAUCUCUCUCUCUCUCUUUCUCAUCUUCCUUUCUUUCAAACCCUAAGCUAGAAAAAACCAGAUUUUUACAUUUUUUUUUAGAGAAGAAGCAAUCAACUUGGGCUCUUGAAGGGUUUGUUUAUUCGUCUGAUCUUCGAUUUGGGUCCGUCAUCAUUUGGAAGCUUACCCACCAGCGAAACAACUCUGAGCUCUCUCUCUCUCUCUCUCUCUGCAUGCCAAAUCUCCUUUAGUGAUCCUCAAAUUAAACCCCCUUCCCGGCUAAUACGCCGGUGAGAUCUAUGGUUGGUGGUCAGAUUUGGAGUUCAGUCUCAUUUCUAAUUGUGUGUGCAUCUGGGGGAGGAUAAAUGCUCCUCGUCUUGGAUCUAGGGCUUUCUAGUCUAGUCCUUGUGAUCUCUCUGCUAGCUAUACCUCUGAUUGGCUUCGUCGUUCGCCGCCAAUGGAGGCUCGCGGCUCUGAGAAGGGAGGAGAUCCGGAGACUUCUUAUUCAUGCUUCUGAGGAAGCUGCUAGGGUGGAGCGAGAGGCCUCUGUCGAGUUCUCUUUUGCUCCCGUCGCUAAUAGCUUCUAUUGUCCUGUUUGCUAUUGUCCUGCCUUGACUCGGUGCUCUCGUUGCAAAGCCGUUCGUUAUUGUUCCGGGAAAUGUCAAAUCAUCCACUGGCGGCAAGGUCACAAAGAUGAAUGUCAGCCUGCUUCCAUCACAUAUAAUACAGACGAUGAGAAAAGUGACUCUGAUUUGAACUUUGGAGAAGGAAAUGAAGGGCUUACUCGCGAUGAAACUGUAUUGCUGCAUUCAGAAGCAGCUACUGGACCAAUCAGGGAAGCCAUAAUUUCUGAGCCUGCCAGAUCUUCUGAAGAUGUGAGUGGAGAAAGUGCAGAUAACAAAGAUGACCUUAUAGAUAAGGAAGAAGCUGUUUCUGUUGCUGAAACAUCUGGAUCCUCGUUCUCUGGCUUUUCCUCCUCACCUCGUGAUGACUCUAGUGAUGAUACUUCUCUUGGUGAGUGCCUUAGUUCAUCUGAUUCCGAGAGAUCGGAGCCCUUGCUGGAUGCUCAUGUUUCUGUAGCGGCAGAGGAGACCUGUUUCAGCAAUAUUGAUGAUGUUCCAUCUAAGCCGCUGUCUCCUAAAUUUGUGCAUUUGGUUGAGUCUGUAGAUAACCUUGCUAGUUUGCCUAAAUUGAAUCUGCUUAAACCUGAGGGUGAUGCUGGGCAGAACCCGAGCCAAUCAAGUAGCUUACUCGUUCCGGAUAGGCUUCCAGGAUCAGCUGACCCGUCUCUUCUGAAGUCGUCUGAUUUUUGGGGUACGGCUCUUGGAUCAGCAGAGUGUGUAAUUGAGAAUCGUGAUAGUUCUAAAUCUCGUGAACCUGGUAAAUCCUCUCUGCAUAUAUCCUUUGCCCCUUCUAGAGAUACCUCAGCUGGUAAAGUUUCUGAGCAUAGGAAUUUUAUUUCGGAAGAAACUCCCAGGGCUGCAUCAGGGUCUCCUAAUUUUCAUGAUGAAGUGAAUAGAAAUGAAAGAAUUGCUAAAAGAUCUGACGAAGCUGGAAUUUCACUAUCAAGUUCGUCUUCUAUCAAGGCGCCACUUCCUUUGAAUCCUAUUGGUUUGUCCACUGUGACCCUUCGUAAGUCAAAGAGCACCAGUACUGGAAGUGGCGUUGUGCUGGCCCCUCUGAAGGUUGGGGAAGUCCAAGUUUUGGCAUCCAAGACCACAAAGGCGAGGGAGAGUCCUGAUGUUGUGAAACAUUCAGCUGUAGGUGCAGAUUCUGGAAGAGUUAUUGACCAUCAGAAAAAGAAUGGUGUUGCCGUUCGCCGUAUAAAUUCUCUAAAUGGAAAAAGUGGUUUGAAGGCAUCGGUACUGAAAGUUGUAGACCAGUGGACUAAACCGAAGUCAUUAGCUGAGAAUGACAUGGCAGGAAGACAUGGUCAUAAGGGGCUCUUUUCAUAUGAAUUGUUUGUUAAGCUGUAUACGAAUAAAACUGAGCUCCAGCCUUGUGGCCUCAUCAAUUCUGGCAAUAGCUGCUUUGCCAAUGUUGUCUUCCAAUGCCUUAUGUUCACUCCUCCUCUGACCACAUACUUUCUCCAGCGACAUCAUUCUAGAGCAUGUCCAAACAAAGAACAAUGCUUCACCUGUGGGUUUGAGAACCUGGUCUUAGAGGCAACAGAAGGGAAGUCUUCAUUGUCCCCCAGUGGGUUGCUGUCACGGCUACAGAAUAUUGGAAUCUCUCUUGGGAAUGGCAAGCAAGAGGAUGCACAUGAAUUCCUUAGGUUUGUUGUUGACACAAUGCAGACACUGUGUAUCAAGGCAUCUGAAUACGAUGAGCCAAAGACUAGGAAACUAGAGGAUACAACUUUAAUUGGUUUGACUUUCGGCGGAUACCUCCGUUCAAAGAUUAAAUGCAUGAAAUGUCAAGAGAAAUCAGAGCGGCGUGAGAAAAUGAUGGAUCUAACGGUUGAGAUUGAUGGGGAUAUUAGCACCUUGGAGGAUGCUUUGCGUCGAUUUACAAGGACUGAAAUAUUGGAUGGAGAAAACAAAUACAAAUGUGGCAGGUGUAAAUCCUAUGAGAGAGCCAAAAAGAAACUAAAAAUCAUAGAGCCUCCAAAUGUUCUUACUAUUGCACUAAAACGAUUCCAGUCAGGGAAAUUCGGGAAGCUCAAUAAGUUGGUUAGGUUUCCAGAAACGCUGGAUUUGGCUCCAUAUGUCAGCCGUGGAAGUGAAAAAUCACAUGACUACAAACUCUAUGGAGUUAUUGUUCACUUGGAUGUAAUGAAUGCAGCAUUUUCUGGUCACUAUGUCUGCUAUAUUAGAAACAGCCAAAACAAGUGGUACAAAGCAGAUGAUAACACGGUAGUAACUUCUGAUGUUGAAAGGGUCUUGACAAAAGGAGCGUAUAUGUUAUUCUACGCAAGGUGCUCUCCAAUGCCUCCAAGAUUAGUAGUAUGUAAUAAAACUGAAGCAUCCACCAAUAAAAAACGGAGUGUGCCGCCGCCGGUACCUAAGACUACUGUCUCACGGUCUGUGUCUACCGCAAGUCCUGUGUGUUCUUCCAACACUCCCGGUGGUGACAGAUCUGGCAAUAUACAGUCGUUUUAUUCCAGCUUCCAGAGGCUGCAGAGAAUUUUAGAAGAGGACUCGUCGAGUGACAGUUCUUCUCUGUUUGACAGCAACUCAGAUGAAUGCUCUUGUAGCACAGACAGUACAAGCAUGGACGACUUCGCUGACUUCAUUUUUGGAGAUCAUCAAGGACGGGCUCACGGACAUUCCGAGGCUCCCUCUCCAACAUCAACCUCUUCCUCGCCUUCUCCUCCCUUCACUAGGCACUCGCGGCUAGGUGACUCGAGUCGUUAUUCUCCAGAAACUUGCCGAGCCUCAAGACAUCAUCACAGAGGAGAAAGGUAAGGGGAAACGAUGUUUUUUUUUGUCGACUGGCUCAGCUAAGUUAAAAGUAGUAGAACAAAGUAGUGUACACACGUAGAAGGGGGUUGGUUUUAUUAACAAACCUUUUUAGGCUCUGGUGAAAUGUUGUUACUGAGAAGUGGUAUAUAUAGUAGUGUAUAGUGGGGAAGAGAGAUUUUGCCCAUGAAAAUGUACUGUAAUGGAACGGAAUUUACGUUUGUUAAUAAGGUGUUUUGAUUUUUA